CGCGGGCCGUGGGGGCUGGGCCGAGGCGGAGCGCGAGGCGGCGGCGGCGGCGGCAGGCGCCGCGGGACCAGGCAGCGGCCCCCGCCCCCCGAAGUCCGUCCCCGCGCGGGGCUGGGGAGCUCAGGGCGGGGAAGCCGCGGGGCCGCGCCACGUCCCUCGCCCGCCCCAGAGCGCGUUUUGCAGGCGGCUCCAGGCCGGGGGCUUUUGUGUCUGCGACUCGGGAGCGGCGGGAGCGCAGACCUCCUCCUCAGAGGGCGCUGUGAGUGCGCCGCCUGGGCCCGGCCGCCCGCCUCCUGCCUCCCCUGUCAGCGGCUCCCGAGGCGGCGGCGGCGGCGAAGAAGAAGAAGAAGAAGAAGAAGGAGUGGGAGGCGGCGGCGGCGGCGGCGCACUCGUCCUCCGCACAUGCCGGCCCCGGGCGGGGGGCCGCCCCCAGGCCGCGCUCCCGGCCGCCGCCGCUGAGCCCGGCCAGCCCCCGCUCGCCGCCCGGCCGCCCCGAGGCCUCGUCUUCCUCCCAAACUUUGCAAAGUCGGCCCGCGUCCCCGCCGCCCUCGGCCGCGCCUCGGCUCGGAGGCUCGCCUCGCAGCCGCAGCGGCCCCGCGCGGAGGAGGAGCCGCCGCCGCAGCAUCAAAGAGACCGAAUUCCCGCGGCCUGGGGGGGAGUCAUGCUUUGCGGUCUGUAAUGUCAGCAGAACAGGAGAAGGAUCCCAUUUCGCUGAAGAGAGUUCGAGCUCAUUCGCGAGACAGCACAAUAGGCACCUCGAAGGGUGAGAAAGAAGCACCCCCCGGCAGAGACCACGAACGGUGCCCACCCCCCAAAAAUUCGGAGGCUGGGAAGUCCAAGAUCAAGGUGCUAGCCAAUUCACUUCCUGGUGGUGAUAGUGGACUGGAUGGGUUAGGAGGACCAGGUGUACAACUAGGAAGCCCAGACAAGAAAAAACGCAAGACAAAUACACAGGGGCCUUCUUUUCCUCCAUUGUCUGAGUAUGCUCCACCACCAAAUCCAAACUCUGACCAUCUAGUGGCUGCUAAUCCAUUUGAUGACAACUAUAAUACUAUUUCCUAUAAACCACUGCCUUCAUCAAAUCCAUAUCUUGGCCCUGGUUAUCCUGGCUUUGGAGGCUAUAGCACGUUCAGAAUGCCACCUCACGUUCCUCCAAGAAUGUCUUCCCCAUACUGUGGUCCUUACUCACUCAGGAAUCAGCCACACGCAUUUCCGCAGAAUCCUUUGGGCAUGGGUUUUAAUCGACCUCAUGCUUUUAACUUUGGGCCACAUGAUAAUUCAAGCUUUGGAAAUCCAUCUUACAAUAAUGCACUAAGUCAGAAUGUUAACAUGCCUAAUCAACAUUUUCGACAAAAUCCUGCUGAAAACUUCAAUCAGAUUCCUCCACAGAAUGCUAACCAAGUGUCUAACCCUGACUUGGCGUCUAACUUUGUCCCUGGAAAUAACUCAAAUUUUACUUCUCCGUUAGAAUCUAAUCAUUCUUUUAUUCCUCCCCCAAACACUUUCAGUCAAGCAAAAGCACCACCCCAAAAACAAGACUUUAGUCAAGGAGCAACCAAAAACACUAAUCAAAAUUCCUCUGCUCAUCCACCUCACUUAAAUAUGGAUGACACAGUGAAUCAGAGUAAUAUUGAGUUAAAAAAUGUUAAUCGAAACAAUGCAGUAAAUCAAGAGACUAGCCGUUCGAGUACCGCAGAAGCUACAAAUAACAGCCAUGCAAAUGGGACACAGAAUAAGCCACGACAACCUAGAGCUGCCCCAGAUACAUGCACCACUGAAAAAAGCAAUAAAUCCUCUCUCCACCCAAGCCGUCAUGGCCAUUCUUCUUCUGACCCAGUGUAUCCUUGUGGAAUUUGUACAAACGAAGUGAAUGAUGAUCAGGAUGCCAUCUUGUGUGAAGCCUCUUGUCAGAAGUGGUUUCAUCGGAUCUGCACUGGAAUGACUGAAACCGCUUAUGGUCUCCUGACUGCAGAGGCAUCAGCAGUAUGGGGCUGUGAUACCUGUAUGGCUGACAAGGAUGUCCAGUUGAUGCGUACUCGGGAAACUUUUGGUCCACCUGCAGUUGGCAGUGAUGCUUAAUCACCGGCAUUAACUAAAGGGUUUUUUGGUGUUUUUUUUUUCCUGUGUCUUACAGAGUUUCAGUGACACAGGAUUUUAAUGUUUUACAUUAUUUUUUUAAAUGCACACACAAAAAGAUUAUUUACCUUUUAGUUUUUAUUAAUAUUCUACUUCAUUACCAGUGCAAAUUUUGUGUUGUCUUUGUUUGCUAUCUUAAAUGAGAAUAAUGUAUAUGGGGGUGCUUUAGAAAGUACUAUACAAAUAAAUGUUAGUUGUUGUUGUUAAUCAUAAAAAAGCCUCUUGAAGCUUCAAAAUAAUAUAUAGCAAAUAUAGGCAAAUUUUGACUUUUAAAAGUUAGAAUCAUUGAAAAAUGUACAUUGCAGAGCUGAACUUUGGCAAUAUCACAUUAAAUGGUUCAAAAAAUUUUUCAAGGAUCUAUUUGACAUGUUUUCAGAAAAAACUGUGUAGUUAUAACAUGGAAGAAAGCAUACAUUUUAAUGAAUGUUUUAAAAAAUAAUAGAUAUGUUACCAGAUUUCUUCCCACUAGGGUCCUUGAAAUUAGUGACGUUCCUAUUUUCAAGUCAGUCUUUUCAAGAUAUGUUUGUACAGAUAUGAGACAGAUGUUAGUAUAUAGUAGAUGCUCAGUAAGUAUUUGUUGAUUAACUUGUGGAUUGUACCACAUGAAAUUGCUAAUAUUAUUAGAUCAGUUGAAAAAUGACUGCAGUUGGUAGAGUUGAAGUGAAGUAUGUUUCUAGUUGUGCUGUUUAGAAUUAUAAUAGUAUUAAGCUCUUCAUUCCGUUUCCUUUGAUUAUUGAGUUGUUUUGUUACUGUUUUCCAGAGAAAUAACAUAGCAUCCUCGGAAGAAUUGCAAAUACUCCUUUUAAUAUGAUUUCAAGCCAGGACAUAACUGCAAAUGACAUAGGUGAAACAUCAAGUUGGCCUUAGAAGGCUCAGCUGGUGAAAGAACUGCUCAGUGGUGGUUUGGAAAGUCUUUUUCUGGGGAUCUGGAUUCAAAGACAAGCCUCAGGGGAGAUCAGAAUCCAUUUUGAGCAAAGACCAAUUAAGAGCCAGGGUGAAAGCUAACUUACAAACGACAAUUUCAAGGCCUUGAAGUAGACAGAGUUUCUGUUGUGACUGGGGAAAGUGUAAAGACGGACCCAAGAACAUCCUCCUGGGAGAUGAUCAAGAACAGAGACAGUCAGAGGUGUACUGUUAAGAUUCAAAACUUCAGUGGAAACCUGUUUUUAGAGCGGAUCAUGACCUGUGACCAAAAAACCCCCCAAAAAACAAAACAAAACCCACAAAAAACAACCC